AAAGCCGUUCCUGGUCCUACGGCAAAAGUGCCCGUUUCAAUCAUAGGAUGACACAUGAUCAGGUUGUGAACAAAAUAUAUGUUUGACGAAUCACGUACGUGUCAAGCAAUGGGUUGGUCUGAAAACCCUAUAAAUUUUCACUCACAUGUUGUGAGCUGCAGUACCAAGUUGAAAUCUCAGAGUUUCGUUUCGUUUACAGGGUGUUUGCAUUCCAAAGAGAGUAUUAAAUUUACUGAUCAUGGACCAAUCCCAGAACGCAAGUUACGAAGCUGGGCAGGCCAAGUGCCAAGCUCAGGAAAAGGCAAGCGGUCUGAUGGAAAAGGCUGGCAAUACAGCUCAGAGUGCCAAGGAAUCAUGCCAAGAGGCUACUCAGCAGGUGAAGGACAAGGCGCAAGGGGCUGCUGAUUCUGCUAAGAGUGCAGUAGGAGCGAACAAAUGAAACUAAUAAUCUAUCUAGGAGCUCAUCGAUCGAUCCAGCCCUCCGCAAA